ACCAUCUUCCUGUGUACCAGUGUAUACCCUGUGGUCCUGCCCAGAUCUCCUGGUUGCUUUCACAACGUGGCCUGUCGUACUGACAAAACUCGCUGGAGGAGCAGAUCUUAUGUUACCUGGAGUGGUUGUGCCAUCUUCUGGCCUUCCUGAGCUACAGCAGGGAGAUCUUUGUGCCAUUAACCUUGUUGAAAACAGAGCUCCAGUGGCGAUAGGCUUAGUCACUAUGCCAACAACUGAUAUGCUUGCAACUGGUAUGAAGGGAAAGGGUGUCACAAUCCUCCAUACAUAUCUGGAUCUAUUAUGGGCAUUUGGAGAAAAAACUAGCCCACCUGUGAUUCCCCACAUGUACCAUGACCCUGGGGGGAUUAGAGAUCAGUUGGAGGAGGAGGAAGAGGGAGAAGGGGAAAAGAAGGAAGAAGUGACUGCUGAUGCAGAUGGUAUUGAGAACGUGACUGCAGAGCUGGACAGUUUAGAGAAGGAUACACCUGACUUGCAUAGUCUUUGUCUGAACGUGGGCACUGAAUCAGAACACACCUCUUCAGCAACUGUUCAAGUGAGCGACCGAGAGACUUAUGACGGCGAGAUUGUUGAUCUGAAAGAAGUAACAGAAGACAGCGAAAAACACCAGGACCCUGAGAAUGAUCAUAACACUACAAAAAUCAUUGGGACUGUACAAGAGCAAAUGGAUGAGCUCCUUCUCCAGUGUUUCCUUCAUGCUUUGAAGUUUAAAGUGAAGAAAGCAGAUUUGCCUCUGCUCACAAGUACUUUUCUCAAGGUUCAUGUAUAUCCCUGUUGCCCCGAAGGCCAACAAUUAGAUAUCAAAAAAUCAAGCUAUAAAAAGCUCUCCAAGUUUCUACAGACCAUGCAGCAACGACAGAUAAUUCAGGUGAAGGAACUCUCAAAAGGAGUUGAAAGCAUUACUGGUGUGAACUGGAAGCACGCAGACCUGCAAUCCUUUAAAGCUCCUGCAACAGCCACUAGUGAAGAGAUGGAGAAGAUUGACAGAGGGAGUGACACACCCUACCAGCCACCUGAGAUCAAGUCCUUUUACAGAGUUUCCAGUAAAUUAAUUCCCCUGUUUGAGCAUGUGGAUCUUAAAAAAGAUGCUGUGCUUUCAAAUACAGAUGUUAGAAGUAUCAUCACAAAUUAUGUGAAGUCCAAUGAACUGAUAGAUGACUAUAAUAAAAAUUAUGUCACCAUUAAUCCUACCCUUUGUGAUUGCAUAUUGGAAAAAUCUGAGUACCAUAAUGUAACUAAACUUACAUGGGAUGAUCUCUUUUCCAGGUGCCUCAAGAGCCUGCAGCAAUGUCAUGAAGUGACUUUUCCUGGACAAAAGCCAGUUGUUCGAAAGGGUCAAAUUAAACCCAUUGACAUUGAUGUAGCGCAGCGUGCAUCAAAUAAAAAGGUAACUAUUAUUACAAACCUUGAAGCAUUUGGUUUAGACCCUCAAAUCUUGGGAAAUGCCCUUCAGCAAAAAGCUCAGGCCAGUGUAACUAUAAGUCCAAUCCCUGGUACAAAGGGCAAGAUGGCACUUCAGGUUCAAGGCAACCAGGUUAAUCAUGUUGCCAAGCUCCUAACUGAGGAAUACAGGAUCACUCCAAAGUAUAUUAGAGGCUUGGAAAAAGCUCCAAAAUCUGGCAAGAAGAAGUGAUGACAUAGUUUCUAAUAAGAAUGAAUGCAGUCACAGCAAUAAAACCACAGCCACGA